AUGGAUACGUCUAUUGAAUAUCCAGUGGCCCAAUGGCCAGAUUCCUUGGAUAUUCCAUUAAAAGAAUCUGAAGAAGUCGUUUCCAUAGAUUUGAAGAAUGACUUACCAGAGGACCCACAGGAUCUAACCACCUUACUUGUCGAAGAACAAUCCGAUAAGGAGCAUUGGUUAACUAUUGCUGCUUCUUACUGUAACAAUGGCAAGGUGAAAGAGGGUGUGAAGCUUGCAGAGCAAGCUUUAGACCAUUUUUCUGGUAAGCAAACGGCUUCAAUACACACGUUUUUAACUUGGGCAUAUCUUCGUUUAGCCAGAUCUACUGCGGGAACUGAAGAAGAGAAAAAUGCGAAUCUAUCAAUGGCCGAAAAAAAUGUCAUUGAAGCUUCCAAACAAGACCCAACAUGGAUUGGUAAUAGAUUAGCCACUGUUGAACUAUAUUUCCAAAGAGGAAUGUAUGAUAGGGCACUUGAAUAUACUGAUAUUUUCAUCAAAUCUGUUCAAAAUGAGGAUAAAUCAACUGGAAGUUCUCACAAACCAAAUAUCAUGUUCGUUAUGAUGAGAGCAAAGUUGAUGUAUAUUAAAAAGAACUACAGCGGUGCUUUAAGACUGUUCCAGGAAUUGUUACUAUUAAAUCCUACGCUUGUCCCCGAUCCUAGAAUCGGUAUUGGUAUGUGCUUUUGGCACCUAAAAGAUAGAUCUAUGGCCAUCACCGCUUGGGAACGUAGUGUUGAAAUUUCUGGGAAAGAUUCAGUAGCAUCUAUUCUCGUCUUAUUAGGAAAAUUCCACAAUUCAUUGACAACAUCCACCAACGAUGAAAUGUUCAAGAAGUCUUUUUCGGAAGCAAUGCUCGAUUUAGACACUCUAUUCCAAAAAACUGGCCCUCACCCCGUUCUUCUUGCUCUUCUUCAAAUGUACUUUUACAUGAAGCAAAAUUAUGACAAGGUUAUUGCUAUAUAUGAAAACAAGAUCUUGCCAAAGUCAGGAAUGAUUUCAAACCAAAUAUUAUCUGAAACUGCAUUUUGGACCGGAAGAGCUUACUACGCUCAAGGCGAUUAUCGUAAAGCCUUCAACCACUUUCAAGAAGCACUUAAAAAGAACGAAGAUAAUCUUCUCGCCAAAGUUGGAUUAGGUCAAUCCCAAGUUAAGAAUAACCUUGUGGAAGAGAGUAUAUUAACAUUUGAGAAUAUUUAUCAAAACAAUGAGUCUUUACAAGAAAUCAACUACAUAUUGGGUUUAUUAUAUGCAUCAAAAUGUUUCAAUGAUACUAUCAAAGCAAAUGCCAAUGAACUAAAAAAAUUCACUGAGAAAGCUAUUCAGUUCCUUGAAAAGUAUGUUCAUCUCACUAAGUCAAAAGGAAACCAAAUGGUUAUUACAAAAGCUUACCUAGUUUUAUCUGAGUUAUAUGAAAUCAAAAAUCAAUAUAAGCAAUCUAUCGAGUUAUUGCAGAAAGCGAUUGAGCAAUUAAAAAUCCAAGAAAAUGAUGUCCCACUGGAACUUCUCAACAAUCUAGGAUGUUUCUACUUUGUAGUGGGUGAAUAUAGCAGUGCCCAAUCAUUGUUUGAAGAGGCUGCCAAAAAAGUUGAAUCUCAAAGCACAAAGAAAAUCACUCUCGAUUAUAAUAUUGCUAGGGUUCUCGAGGAAACGGACAAGGGUAAAUCGCAUGAUAUUUAUUCUGCAAUUCUAUCUGAAAGCCCAGAUUAUAUCAGUGCUAGAGUAAGAGACAUUCAUUUGAAGUUUAUCAAUAAUCCAGAAGAUAAUUUAAAGGAUGAAAUCAAAUCCUUGUUGGAUAACCACGUAUCGAAUGCUGAAAUUCGUGCAUUCUAUGUGUGGUAUUUGAAGAAACUUGGUAAAACUUCAGAACAUGAAAUGUCAGAACAUAGCAAAGAAACAUUGGUGAAAUAUGAUUCUCAUGACCUUUACGCGCUCAUUUCUCUUGCUAACCUCUAUGUCGCAAUUGCUAGAGACCAAAAGAAGAUUACACGUAAUUCCAAAGAUGCAAACAAGCCUAUUGAAUCUUAUUUGAAAGCAACUCAAUUGUACCAAAAGGCUAUUCAAGUAGAUCCUUUGAACAUUUUCGCUGCUCAGGGUUUGGCUAUCAUCUUUGCUGAAAAUAAAAGAUAUGGUCAAGCAUUGGAGGUUUUCAGAAAAAUAAGAGACUCUCUAGACAACCAAAGUGUUCAUAUCAAUCUUGGACAUUGUUUAGCAGAUAUGCGUGAAUAUUCCAAGGCCAUUGAAAACUAUGAAAUUGCUUUGAAUAGAUUUGAUAAUCCAAAGAGUAAACCUUUGUUGUUAAAUCUUUUGGCUAGAUGUUGGUACUUAAGAGCACUAAAGGAAAAGUCAUUAAGUGCUGUUCAAAAAGCUUUGGCUUAUGCAAAACAAGCUCUUGAUCUUGAACUUUCAAAGAAAAAUAGCAAGAUGGUCACUAGUUACCAAUAUAACGUGGCUUUAUUGGAAUUCCAAGUAGCUGAAUUGAUGAGAAGAUCUAGUCCAAAAGAAAGAACGAUGGCAGAUCUUGAAGCUAGUGUUGAAGGCUUGGAGCAUGGUAUCACUCUAUUCAGAGAACUUCUUGAAUCUAAGUUAAAUGUGGUUCCUUCUGAACAACUAGAACAGCGUAUUCAAUUAGGUGAAACGACUAUGAAAAAGGCACUUGAACGUAGUAUCGAAGACCAAAAGGCAUACGAACUAGAAAUCACUGCCAAGAUGGAAAAUGCACGUAAAGUUUUGGAAGAACAAAGAGAGCUUGAAGCCCAAAGAGACGCUCAAUUACGGGAAGAGGAAAAGAAGAAGAGUGAGAAAUUAGCGGAAGAGUACAGAAAACUACAGGAAGAAGCACAAAGGUUGAUCCAAGAACGUGCAGCCCAGGAAGAAGAAGUAGACGAUGAGCAAAACGAUGAUGAAGACUUUGCACAAGAAGGUGACGGAAAUGAAAAGCCUGCGAAGAAGGGCAAAAAGGGUAAGAGAAAGGCAGAAUCCGAAGAGAAGUCACCAAAAAGAAAGAGACGGAGAGGAGGGAAAAAGAUAAUUGAAGAAGACGAUGAAGAGAAUGAAGAUGAGGAUGUGGAUGAAAAGAUGUCAGAUGAGGCUAAUGGAGAGUCUAAGAAAAGGAGAUCGAGACCUAUUUCAAAGGAAUUCAUAGAGGACAGUGAUGAAGAAGCAAAUUUCACGGACGAUGCGGAAGUGGAAGCUGAAGCUGAUUCAGAGCCGGAACACGAACAGGAACAGGAACAGGAACAAGAACAAGAACAGGAAUUGAAAGAUGACUCGGAGCCAAAGCAAGACGGGGAACCUCGUGCAGAAACUUCUCCUGAAACAAACGGAGAAGCUUAA